AUGGACCCACCAUUCGGGGUGCAUAGCUUCCUCACCCCUCAGACCCUCUGCUCCCAUCCUGGGCAGGUGAAACUGUGCGACUUUGGUUUCGCACGCAUCAUCGGCGAGAAGUCAUUCCGGCGCUCUGUGGUGGGCACCCCUGCCUACCUGGCCCCCGAGGUGCUGCUCAACCAGGGAUACAACCGCACUCUGGAUAUGUGGUCGGUGGGCGUGAUCAUGUACGUCAGCCUCAGCGGCACAUUCCCCUUCAACGAGGACGAGGACAUCAGCGACCAGAUCCAGAACGCAGCCUUCAUGUACCCGGCCAGCCCCUGGAGCCACAUCUCUACUGGAGCCAUUGACCUCAUCAACAACCUGCUACAAGUCAAGAUGCGCAAGCGAUAUAGUGUGGACAAGUCUCUCAGCCAUCCCUGGUUACAGGAGUACCAGACGUGGCUGGACCUCCGAGAGCUGGAAGGGAAGAUGGGCGAGCGGUACAUCACGCACGAGAGUGACGAUACGCGCUGGGAGCAGUUCCUGGCAGAGCAUCCGCUGCCCACCCACGGGGAGCUUGCUGGGGCCCGUUUGCCGCAGGACCACGAGAUGCAGGGCCUGGCUGAGCGCAUCAGCGUCCUCUGAGCCUGGUGCCCGGCCCACGCACUGUCCUCCGCAAAUCCCAGCAAUGAACUGUUCCGGGGUCUGAAGUUGGGGGUCAUAGCCCCCAAGGCCCCUGCCUGUCUCCCCAACAAUUAAAAUGGACUGGACCAUGUCGCACUCCUGUGUCAGGAGUAGCUGUUACUGAGCUGGGACUUGCUGGGAGGGGACUAUCUGCUGAGAGAGGUAGGAUAGGACUGGGAGGCUGUGGAGCUGAGGGGAAUGGCUGCGGGGGUAGGGGUGGGGCUGGGGAGGAGCAAGGGGUGCGUGAGGGGAGGCCAAGGGAGACAUCUGACUGGGCUGGAGGGGCUUGGAAGAAAGUGGGUUGAGCUUCCUCUGAUGUGUGAUAUCUAGGUAACUGCAUCACAAGUCUGAAAUGCUUUGAUCCACCUCAUCUGCCAAACACUGCCUGGCACUGGGGAACACGUACCCCACAGAGUUUUGGUUGUUUCCCCGUGUUAUCUUGUGGUUGGUUGAGCACUGCUCCUCAUGCUGCUGGGCACCAGUGUCUUGGGCCUAACAAGCACUAGCAUGGAGCAAAAAAUGAAAUC